AGCAUGGCUCAACCCGAUCAGUAUACGCUGUAUACCCAAGUCUCCCACAAAGAAAACCGGGGGGUCUUCGAUGAGUUCGAUCGUUCUCCAUCUUCCUCCUCCGUAUUCCGUAAGUUUAAAGUUUCUCCCAUAGUCCCAUUGUUGUCCAGAAAAACAGUCUAGGAAUCUGCACAAAUCACUCCAAAUUUUAGUUCUUAAUUCAUCUAGAGAGAGAUAAAGAAAGAAAAUUUGGGAAGAAAUGGAGAACGAAGGGACAGAAGCCUUGAAAUACGUAUGGAAAGGAGCUAUACCCCUUCAAAUUCACCUCCAUGAUUCUGAAGUCGCCACUCUUCCUCCUCCUCCCCCAGUUCUGAUAUUAGCUCCACGGAUAGGUUAUCUGCCACUGCUAGCACCUCAAAUAAAACCCCUCUUCAGCAGUACACUUCCUCCAGGGGAUGAUACUGUUUGGUUUGAGUACAAGGGAUUACCCCUAAAAUGGUAUAUACCAACUGGCGUUCUCUUUGAUCUUCUUUGUGCGGAGCCUGAGAGACCUUGGAAUCUUACGGUGCACUUUAGAGGUUAUCCAAGUAACAUACUGGCCCCAUGUGAAGGCGAAGACGCAGUUAAGUGGAGCUUCAUCAACUCUCUGAAAGAGGCUACCUACAUAAUUAAUGGAAACUGUAAGAAUAUUAUGAACAUGUCACAGUCAGAUCAGUUGGAAUUGUGGCAAUCUUUAAUAAAUGGAAAUUUGGAAUCCUUCCUCAAGGUAACAUCAAAGCUGAAGCUUGGAGCAGUUGACGAUGAUUACUCAGCAAAACUGUACCCAACAAUAAAACCUUUGUCUGAUGCCGGUAAUACAGAUAAUCCUGGUGCCAAAACAGGUAGGAUUCCAGUUCGGCUGUAUGCUAGGAUUUUUACCAAGGUGUUCGAUGACUUGGAAGAUGCCCCUGAGAUUGACAGCUGGGAGAAAAUUUCUUACAUAAACAGACCCAUUGGACUUGAUAAAGAUGAAGGUAAAUGCUUUGCCCUAAGUGAUGCUAUGAAGACUCUUCUCCCAGAGUACUUUGGAGAAGGCAAUAAUGAGAAAACAACCGAAGCGGAGGUUAAGGAAGUACAUUCAGAAGAUGCUGACGACACAAAAGAUGUAGAAGAGGCGACUACAUCAGUUGGUGAGCAUACUGAAACCAAACAACCAUCAGUAAGUGCUAAAAUCAAACUCAUUCGAAUUCAAGGCAUUGAGCCAAAACCCGAGAUCCCGUUCUCUUGGGUAGUCAACAACCUAAUGAACCCAGAUCACUACCUUCACAUAUGUGUGUAUUUGAUUCAUUGUUAACAUGUCUUUGUUUUAAGAGUAUUGUUUCAUGUGGACUGGGUAACUCUUUUGUAUAUGUCACUUCCCCAGUCUUUGGCUUCUAUGUUGGUUUCUUUUCUCCGACCCCCGUGUUCUUUGUUUACUCGUGCUAUUUGUAAACCCCAAAUAGUCUGUAAAUAACAAGUUAUCAAUUGUUCUCUUACAAAGUUUCCAUAUCAGA